AUGGAUAAGGAAGGACUACCCCAAUACUCCGAGGUCGUCAGACCAUGGGCAGACCGCCGUCGCAAACGCCGCAUCUUUCGACUGGUGGCCGCUACAUGUCUAUCUUACUUCGCAUACUCGGCAUACAAGAUCUCUGCAAACACUGAAAAGCCCGCCAAUCUACUUUCUGCAGCUCGCUUGCAAGAAGACUUUGCCACAUGUGCCACCCUUCAAAAAGUCCCGGAAGCUCUAUCUGGCGGACGUGAAUACAACAAGCGUUACGUGAAUGGCACCAAACCUGUGCUGAUACAAAAUGCCACUGUUUGGACCGGAGAGCCAGUUCCUGGAGCAAGUGCAGAAGAUGUUCGUACAGGAAAGGGCUUUGCCUGGAUCCAGUCGGAUGUAUUCAUCGAGUACGGCCUUAUCAAGAAAAUCGCGCCGUCUAUCUCACUCGCAGACCUGCCUUCGGAUUAUGAGACUUACAAUGCCUAUGGACGCCAGCUCACAGCCGGUAUUGUUGAUAUGCAUAGUCAUGCUGGUCUCGGCAGUCUGGGGGGUCUUCAAGGUGAUGAGAAUGAGCUCUCGAGCGACAUAACUCCCUAUGUCAAAUCUCUAGACUCGUUGGACCCACUGCAUCCUGAAAUUCAAUGGAUCAAGUCUGGCGGCGUCACCACAUCGCUACUUCUUCCUGGUUCCGGAAACAACAUCGGUGGAGAAGCAUUCCUCGUUAAGCUUGCUGUCGGCAAGGAGGGUGGCCGCGCCGAGCUCAGUCAGAAAGACAUGUUGGCUGAUCCCGACCGCACGUGGAGAUACAUGAAAAAUGCCUGUGGCGAGAAUCCAAAGAGAGUCUAUGGCAAGGUGGGCGAGAGAGGUCCUUUCAGCCGUAUGGGUGAAGGCUGGGAGUUUAGACACGCAUAUGAGCAGGCCAGAGACUAUGUCAAAGCUCAAGACGACUGGUGUGCCGCUGCAAAAUCGAUCGGUGCUGAAAACAUGAACAGCUACCUCCCCCAGAAACUCGAAUGGGAAAGCCUGGGCGCUGUUCUGCGAGGUCAAGUGCGCGUAAACACUCACUGUUAUACCAUCCCCGAUCUCGAGAUGUAUGUGCGUCUUACCAACGAGUUCAAAUUCCGAGUCUACGCCUUCCACCACGCCCACCAAACUUACCUCGUACCUGACGUUCUGAAGAGAGCCUACGGUGGUACACCUGCAGCUGCACUCUUUGGAGACAACAUGUACUACAAGGUUGAAAGCUACACAGCAUCAGAACAAUCCGGCAAGAUUCUGUACGAGAAUGGAAUCACCCCAGUCUACGUGAGCGACAACCCAGUCAUCAACUCUCAGCAUGUCAAGCACGAAGCCGCCAAGGCGUAUGGCUAUGGUCUUCCUUAUCAUGCUGCACUGAAUGGUCUGACUUCUGCUCCUGCUGAGCUCCUGGGUAUGGGAGAGAGACUUGGCAAGGUCAAGCCUGGAUUUGAUGCUGAUAUCGUUGUCUGGGACUCCGAUCCGUUGUCUCUUGGUGCUGCACCUGUCCAGGCCUGGAUCGAUGGCGCUCCUCAAUUCAAGGAUCCAGUGGAGCUCAAGAAACCUUUAACUCCUCCUAUCGAGCCUGACCUCGCGCUUGCAGAAGACCGCGAUGAGAUCGAGUCAGACCAGAAUGUUGUGUUCACCGGUGUCACCAACAUCCGUAUUCCUGGACUGACUUCGUCCUCUGAGCUCAAGGGUCCUGCCACUGUUGUCAUCUCUCAGGGAAAGAUUAUUUGUGCCGGAUCUUGCGAUGCAGAGGCACGUACUGCGACUAAGAAGAAUGCUCGCACCGUGGCUUUGCGUAAUGGAUAUCUGACCCGACCGCUCACCGCGUUCGGCUCUGGUCUGGGUCUGCAAGAGAUCAUGGGCCAGCCGCAGACUCAUGAUGGCAGUGUCAACGAUAAGGUCUGGGCACGAGCAGUCGAUGGUCUUCUUCUCGGUGGCAAGAACCUUUUCGCAGCUUACCGCCAUGGUGUCACCAAGGCCAUCUCAGCACCGAUGGCUGACAACUAUGCGGGUAUUUCUCUCCGUGGUGUUUCUGCUGGGUUCUUGACUGGCGCAAAGACUCCUGUGAGCAAGGGCGCUGUCUUUGCUGAAGAAGCAGCAGUACACUACGACUUCACUCUGAAAGCGAAGAAUGAAGCAUUCCCAUCAAUCUCUAGCUUGGUCGCCGAUCUGCGUCACAAACUCCUCGAGGCAGUUCACAACAACGAGACCAUUGCUGAUCCCUUCUCCGAGGCUGCAUCUCUUAAAAAGGUCAUAGAAGGCAAAUCUGCUCUUGUCCUCAGCGUACACAGCGCCGAUGCCAUUUCUGCUCUGCUCAGAUUGAAGUCGACCGUGGAAUCUGCCAGUAAGACCUCUCUUCGCCUAGUUGUCCUCGGAGCCGCAGAGUCUUACCUCGUCGCCGAGGAACUCGCAACUGCAGAUGUUGCAAUCGUCCUGGCUCCAUUGCUUCCUUGGGCACAGUCUUGGGACCAACGUCGCUCUCUCAUGGGUGCCCCCCUUCACAACGGUACAGCCAUCGAUGUGCUCCUGAACGCAGGUGUCCGUGUUGCCAUUGGUGUUGACGAAAUCUGGGAGACUAGAGACUUGGGUCUUACAGCUGGGAUUGCGCUCAAGAACAGCGAGGGUAGAUUGACUGAGCAGCAAGCCUUGGACCUUGUCAGUAAAAACUUCUACGACUUCUUGGGAAUGGAGAUGCCGGAUGCUGGAAGUGAGUUCGUGGUUUACGAAGGGUCGCCGCUGGAAAUUGGAGGUAGAGUUGUUGCUAUCGCAGAUGGUUCGGGCAAGACCGACGUCUGGGUCUGA